AUCAUAAACAAUAAACAAUGACAACGGAAGAGAAUAAACCAGAACAACAACAGCAGCAACAGCCAGAGGAUCCUCAAAUCACAAAAGAAAAGCUCGAGGAACUCCGCUUAAAGAUCAAAGAAGGGAUCAAUUCCGCUGGGGAACAUCCCUUAAUCACCCUGUAUGUCGAUAGCACAUUUCUGUAUCUUCAGAACAUACAUGACAAAAUGACUGCUGCUCCAGACAAGAAAGCUGCUGCUCAAGAAAUCGCCGAUGAAAUUACAUCCAAGGUCGAAAAUUGGAUGAAAUCAAGACAACAGGCUUCUACUGCCGACAGCAAACCCAUCGAAGAGAAGCCUUCAGAAGAAAAGUAAGAUGUAUACAAUCCUUAUAUCCAUUAUAGGUGUAAUUCUCCAUAACGGACUCAAACCAUGUAUAGUAUUAAUAUAGCAAGUAAUUGAAAACAAAUAGCUAAGAG